AUGGAAAAUACUUCAAAUACAGAUGCCGGAAAUUUCAGCAAAGAUGCUCACAUCAGAAAAGCUGAAAACAUGAUUGCAUCAGUUGAAAUGUUUGCUGUACCAGUCAUAUGUUUGCUAGGUUUGACAGGCAAUACGUUUUCAAUAGUUGUGUUUACUCGAAAGUGUUUGAGAUCAAAGUCAUGCAGUGUAUUCCUAGCAGCAAGGAGUUUCAGCGACAACGGAUUCCUGAUAACUCUUUUGGUUAUGUGGAUAUCAUCAGUAUUUGGUCUGCAGCUUAGUCGAAUAGAUGGCGUCUGUCGGGUUAUUGUCUUCCUCACGUACGUUUUUGGCUGUCUCUCCGUUUGGCUCAUGGUUUUUGUUACAAUAGAAAAUUACAUCAGGGUUUGUAAACCAUUCAUGGUGAAUAAAUUAUGUAAUACAUCGACAGCAAAAUAUGCCGUGAUAUUGUUAUUUGUAAUAGUCAUAUGCUGCUACAAUUUUCCAUUGUGGACAAUGGCUGAACAAUGUGCUCCACACCCUAAUCAUCACAACAUCCUUAAGAUCAUGCAGUAUGUCGAUAGUUUGUUUACACUUUUUGUCCCAAUCGCAGUUAUGUCAUUUCUGGUCUUUAGAAUAGUAGUGUCCUCGGUUGUUCUGUAUGAGCGGCGGCGGCGUCUAAGUUCAGUGUCCUCACAAAUCAGCAAUGACCUCACAAUGAAGGUCAAAACAAUGCUGCUUGCAGUUAUUCUUAUUUUUAUCAUCCUGAACCUUCCCUUACAUGUGGUACGAAUACGCCUUAUCGUCAUAUCAUUUAUUAAGGAUCAAAUAGAUAUCACCACACCCAUUGAUGUAAUAGUUCAAUCAAUAGCACAACUGAUAUACUAUUUAUCAUUAACAGUCAACUUUAUUGUGUACUAUCUUUUUGGCGGUUUAUUCCGACGAACUUUUAUAGGUCUUUUGUGCGGCAGAGGAAAGAACCCUCCCGCUCAGGCAAACUACAGCGCUUUUAUUGCUUUACGAACUAGAAAUAUCAGAAACUGCUACAAACCUGCAUUAAAUGAUAGAUUGGGUAAUAACUCAUUAUCAAACACUAGUUCUAAAGAUUUUCCCGAAAAAGAAAGCAGUGAUAAAAGUGCUGCCACUUGA